GUGAAACCACGCUGAAAUCGAUCAAUCGCGCGUGGUACGAACAAAAUUCGCGAGUCGUGACAGAAUUCUUUAGUGUGAAACAGGAUAAGAGAAGAAACAUGGCUGCCCGACAGCUCUCGCCUCUCAGGACUUUUCUGUUAUUUGCUGCGUUUGUAACGCUUUGUGGAGGCCAAAACACGACAUCAUCGAGCCCAACCUCGCCAAACCCAUCGGCGGCGGCGGCUGGAAGAUGCUCGGCUAGCGGGGACCCCGCCGUCGUCUCCUGCAGUUUCGACAGCCUGCCGACCGGCCAGACCUACCAGACCGUCGCCCCUCAUGCCGCAGGUGGUCUGCAGGGCUACUACAACCUCAUGAGCAGUUUCGUCAGAACCAUCCAACCUACAGAAGCCUUUCAGAUCAUCAAUGAUGUUCUGGGAGGAGUGGACAUCUUGAACUACAUACUGACCUCAUGGCAGAAGCUGGCAGUGGACUACAUCGGCUGGGUGAUCUGCGGCGCCCUGGGUGUGGCUUUCUUCCUCCUCCUGCCCUUGGUCGGGAUGAUCUUCUGCUGCUGCCGUUGCUGUGGCAACUGUGGAGGGAAGAUGCAGCAGAAGGAAGAGGACAGGACCGGAUGCUGGCGCUCCUUCCACUCCGUCUGCCUCUUCAUUGUCACUGUCUUCAUGGCAACCGGGGUGGCACUUGCCCUCAUGUCCAGCAUGCAGAUGGAGCCGUCGAUAAAAGGUGUUGGCGAUACCGUCAAAAAUGCCUUUGCUGACGUUCCCACCUACAUCAACAACACCAAAACUCAACUCAACUUCAUAGUGAACCAGCAGUUUGACGUGGUGUAUGAUGCAGUGAUCCAGGACAUUGACGACCGUGGCACUCUGGUGGGAGACCCCAUACACGCUGAACUCCAGGGAGACGUGUACCCAGCAAUACAGGCUGUGAUGGACAUGGCUGACACUAUGUCAGAUACAAGUGAUGCCCUGCAAGCAGUGAACAACUCACUGACUGUGCUGCAGACAAAGGGAACAGACCUUUCUACAAAUCUUACCAAUGUAAAGGAUGCCCUGGACACCUUCACUUGUACAGGAUCUGAUGCUGCCUGCACAGAAUUUGUGAACAACAGAGACACUUCAGGGCUAGCAACAGAUGCUGAUUUCAGCUCGCUGAACAUUGGAUCAGAGCUUGACAGUGUGAACAGUGUACUGAACUCCCAGAACCUCACAAGCCUUGCCCUGCAGGGGAAGCAGGAAUUUGACAACAUAUCUGGAAUCGUGGAGGACAGCAGUGCAAGUGCAGUGUCAGGCAUAAAGUCCCAGCUGGAUAGUGUGAAGACUACUGUUCAGGACAUCCCCAACCAGCUGAGUAUCAUUGACACAAUUCAGAACCAGAUCAACGGCUUUGAGACUAUGAUAGACGACAUUGUGGGAUAUGCUAACCAGUACACCGUAUACGUGGGGUAUGGAGCAAUUGGUCUGUGCUGCCUUGUCCUCCUGCUGGUACUGUUCAACCUGUUGGGGUUGAUGUUUGGAGCUUGUGGAAGCAGCAAGGGUGACCCCCCAUCUGACAGGAGCUGCAUGUCCACUUCUGGAGGGAACUUCCUCAUGGCGUCUGUGGGUUUUGCCUUCCUGACCGGAUCCCUGCUGAUGAUUAUCGUGUUUGCGCUGUUCUUGGCGGGAGGUCUGGUGGAGAGGAACGGCUGCCAGCCACUCGAGCCCCCAAAUUACGACCUCAUUGCACAAACUCUGGAUAAAACCAACUUCCUGGGUAACAUGCUGUGCACAAACUCGACCAGAAAUGUGUCAUUUGCUGCAGGACUCAAAGAAUGCGGAAAUGGGAAAGGCAUCUAUGCAGCCUUUGGCCUGGACUGUGUGCUGAACAUAUCCGAGUACACAAAUUUCCGAACGAAAUUCCCCGACCUGAACAGCCAGCUGAAUGACAUCACCUCCAGUGUGAACCUGAGUAGCAUCGUCAUACUGAGUGAGGAUGCCAAGAACAACCUGAAGGACUUCAACUCCUCUGGAGUUUCUGGGAUUGACUUUGAUACCUUCCUCAAUGAGACACGCAAAGGCCUGACAGCCACAAAUCUUACGGAAUAUGCUAACAACUUGGAAGCCUUUGCCAACAACUUCACUGUUCAGGCCAACAAAGAUGCCUUGAUUGCCAUAGUUGAUGACCUGAAAAACACCCAGAAAAAUGGUGUGGAGGCUAUGCAGUCUGACGUGGACACUGUGGAGAACAACAUCAACACCUUGAAGACUGCCAGCACCACCCUCCAGAAUGACAUCACCAACGUUCUGAACAAUGCAGAAACUGCUGAGAACAGGAUCCAGAAUGAUGGACCAACCCUGGUCCAAAACUCGGUGAAUGCUUACGUGGAUCGAGUGCUGGGGUAUGGUGACAGCUUUGGAGAGCAUGUCUCAAAUGUGGUCGACAAUGAAGUUGGAGACUGCAGCAUCGUGAAGAAUAUCUAUGAUGCCAUGGUCGGAAAUAUCUGUGACUGGCUCUUGAACUCUCUGAACGGUUUCUGGUUUGGUCUGGGCUGGUGCCUGCUGUUUUACAUCCCCUCCAUGAUCUUUGGGGUCAAGCUGGCCAAACACUACAGAAGGAUGGAACCUGAUGAAGAUGAUGGAUAUGAUGGUUACUAUGACAACGGUGCCUAUCCAGGCCCCCAGAGCUACCCCAUGCAUGACAUGAAACAUGGAGCAAAAGCCUCAGCCCCGCCCAAUUGGCACAGGAACGGCUCAAACCGUGUCGGACCGCCUCCUGAGCGCUGGUAGGGACGACGUGGAGAAAAGCUGGAGACACAACGCAACACAACAAACCUAUAGAUUUUCAUAAUGAUGGAAAAUGUGCCUUCAACCAGUUUUUAAUCAUUGGAAACAAUUUGUGCCAUUAUCUAAUUGGAUAUCCUAAUUUAUCAGGCUAGCUUGAAACUGGUUUUAGGUUUAUCAUAUCAUAUCUUUUGUAAAUAAAUGAUUUUAAAUUAUACAUAUCCAAGAAAUUUAAGGUGGACCUUUUAAUCUCACUUUUAAUGAUUUUAGAGCCUGAGUGCCAGUUUGUUUUUUAAGGACGGAGUGGAAAAAUCAUGUACUGUUGCCAGUAAGAUAUAUUAAUCAAGAGUUCAUCUUGCAACGAUACAGACUUCUACAUAUCAAUUGUAGAAAUCACAUCACAAGCAUAUCAAGGAAAUGAAGACAAGGUGUCAACAAUGACCACAUUUUUAACAUUUGAUGUAAAAA